UUUGCGGGAAGAAGACACGAAGAAGGAAGCAUCCUCCUUUUUUUUUUAAUAAUUGCAUCCUCCUUUCUUCAAAUAGCACAAGAUCAAGAAUUGUGUUCUUGAUUUUUGCUAAUUAUUUUACCAAACAGACGCAUAUACUUAAUCAUCAAUGGCCCUCCCAACCGGUGAAAUCACACUGGAUAUGGAGCCAAGUGUUGGCUCCUUGCAACCAACCAUCAUUACUCACAGUAAAGCACGCACCAAUCAUUAUACAACAAGUGGCGGAAGCCCAUCUUCUUCAACAGAGCCUAUCCCAAUACAGCAUAGCAAUCCUGGUCAGAAAUAUAUAGUGGAAGUGAACUUGGAUGACUACCUACCACUGUACCGUGCCGCAUCCAGAGGCAAUUGGGAAGAGGCUAGAAAGUUUCUGGACACACAUCCUAAUUCUGAGAGAGCUAGGAUCUCAAAUUCAUCAAUGACUGCAUUGCAUGUUGCUGCUUGUGAAGGGCACUCAGAGUUUGUGGAGAAGCUAGUGAAACGUGUGCCUGCAGAUGUGCUUGACAUGCUUGAUGGCAUAGGCUACACAGCCCUCCACUAUGCUGCUAUAGGUGGAAGCCUGAGGUCUGCUAAGGCAUUGUUGGGGAAAAACCCCAAGUUGACACAAUGUUUAGAUAGCGCGGGAAGAACUCCGCUACUCCUAGCCGCCACUUUUGCUUCUGAGAAUAAGGAGCUGGUGUGGUACUUGUUGUUGGUAACUAAACAUGAGAAACCUGGUCUUCCCUCAACUGGUCCUUUGGCUGCUAACCUUGUCAAUGUGCUUAUUGCUUCAGGUUUCCCUGAAAUUUCACUGUAUCUAGUUAAGGAAUAUCCUAACUUGGCCACUGAAACUGAUCAAGAAGAUUGUACUCCUUUAGAUGUUUUGGCAAGGAACAAGUCAAACGUCCUUAGUGGCAGCAGGCUUGGAUCUUGGGAGAGCUGCAUUUACCCAUUUCUCCCUGUUGAAGUUGACCGUGGGCCACCACACUCAGUGAGAGCCUCUGUGGCUCCCCAUGAAAGCGUCCAAAGUGAUCCUUCAGAACAGUAUAGAGUUCAUUGGUUAAGACAAAUGCUUUUUGGAGCUAUUGAACGAAUGGCACCAGCCGUUUUCAUGCGACUCCAUGAUGCAAAGCUCAGACAUCAUUGUGCAGUUGAACUACUGAGACAAAUUUGCUUACAACUUUCACAGGAGCAAAUUAAGUCAGAUAUCCUCAAGAUAGCUGCCAUUAACGGGAUAGUUGAAUUUAUAAGGACACUAGUAGAAUUUUUUCCUGAUCUAAUAUGGUUUAUCCUCAGCACAGACCGAUAUUUAUUGCUCCCUGUUGCUAUUGAAUUUCGGCAUGAAAAUCUUUUCCGUAUUGUCUGUGGUAAGACUGCACGAAGUAAAUUAAUUGCUUCUACACUACUUGAAUCUGAAUCCGGGGAAACCAUCUUGCAUCUGGCAGCAAAGUUGGCUCCUCUUCCCCAACUCUCAUCUGUAUCUUGUACAGCUCUACAAAUGCAGAGAGAGUUGCAGUGGUUCAAGGUGGUGGAGAAACUAGUUCACCCUUAUUAUAAGGACAAUCUGAACGAAAAAGGUGAAACUGCAAGGGAAUUAUUCACCAAGGAACACAAAGAAUUAGCCGAGCGUGGAGAAAAAUGGCUGAAGGAUACUUCAAAUUCUUGCAUGCUCGUUGCAACUUUCAUUGCCACGGUUGUUUUUGCUGCUGCUUUUACAGUACCUGGAGGUAACGACAACGAUGGAGCUCCAAAUUUGUUAUGGAAGAACUCAAGCACAUUCAUGGUGUUUGUUGUUUCAGAUGCAAUAGCUCUAUUUGCUUCUUUAACUUCCCUGUUGAUGUUUUUAUCAGUACUAACUGCACGUUAUGCGGAAGAAGAUUUCCUUCAGUCAUUACCAAAGAGAUUUGAUAAUAGGCUUGGCUUCUCUCUUUUUGGCUAUAGCCUCCAUGAUGGUAGCCUUUGGUGCAACUAUUGAGCUUGUUCUCAAUAACAGAUUCAAUUGGGUUUCUAUCACAAUCACAUCGCUGGCCACUUGCCUGGUGACUCUCUUUGCCAUGCUGCAGCUUCCCUUGUUUAUCCAAAUGUUCCGGUCAACAUUUGGACAAAGCAUCUUUCGCCCUGAAAACAUUGGUAAUUCGAUGGAUCUAUGCAAAAAAGAUGCUUGAGCUUGUGUUUGGCUGUGUUUGUUACAAUCGGAUCAGUGAUGAAAGGCGGAUUCUGCAUUUAGUUGUGCACCAACGUUCUAAAUGAAACUAUCAGACCAAAAAAAAAAGUGGUGAUUUCCCCACCCCAAUUUUAUCCACUUAUACUCCAUUUUAUAACUAAAAAAA